GGCAUUCGACUUCCUUGUCUUCUCUUGCCAGUUCCCGUGAGCCCAGACAAUGCCCGUGGAGGAGUUUGUGGCUGGCUGGAUCUCUGGAGCUCUGGGCUUGGUGCUGGGGCAUCCCUUUGACACUGUAAAGGUGAGGCUGCAGACCCAGACCAGGUACCAGGGCAUCAUCGAUUGCAUGGUCAAGACUUACCGCCAUGAGUCGCUCCUGGGCUUCUUCAAGGGCAUGAGCUUCCCCAUCGCAAGCAUAGCCGUGGUCAACUCCGUCCUGUUUGGGGUCUACAGCAACGCCCUACUGGUGCUUACGGCCACCUCCCACCAGGAGCGGCGGGCCCAGCCGCCCAGCUACACACAUGUCUUCAUAGCAGGCUGCACUGGGGGGUUCCUGCAGGCCUUCUGCCUGGCCCCUUUUGACCUCAUCAAAGUCCGGCUACAGAACCAGACAGAGCCGAGGGCCCAGCCCCGGAGCUCCCCGCCCCGGUACCGGGGGCCCGUGCACUGUGCGGCCUCCGUCUUCCGGGAGGAGGGACCCCGGGGGCUCUUCCGAGGGGCCUGGGCCCUGACGCUGAGGGACACCCCCACCUUGGGAAUCUACUUCGUCACCUAUGAAGGGCUUUGUCACCAGCGCACACCGGAAGGCCAGAGUCCCAAGCCCUCUUCUGGGGGCUUCGACAUUUUCCAUUCUGAGCUCUGA